GCCAUAUUUAAUCUAAUCUCAUGUGGAGUCAAAUCCAGUUUCUAUGAGGCAAAAACACCAACGACUGUAGACAGAGGGCCUUUUGGGCCUUGUCUUGACCCUCCAUCGCCAUAGCAACAUCUCCCAGGAAGUUUUUCUUAGAGCCGGCAACAGAAUGGCAGACAAAAGAGGGAUGUUGAUCUAUCUCUGAUGGGACCUACGUUGCCUCAUGGUCUUUAACGCCUCCAUGGAGCUCAUCCAGGCCUCCCAGGUUUCCUUGCUGCCUACAGCUACCUGGAGCAACAACUCUGUCCCUGCCCUCUCCCACUUCCUGCUUCUCUCCACUUCCUCUGAAUCUCUUCUCAGCCUCACCCAGACCGACAACUCUUUCCUUUUUAACAGCACCUGUCAGAACUGCAGCAAACCCGAACCUGGAUCCCUCCCUGGUUUAGCUGGAAUCUUCAUCCCUCUUAUCUACGGGCUAGUGUUUGUCGUCGGCCUGCUGGGCAACACUCUGGUCAUCCACGUUAUUGUCAAUUACACCAAGAAUGAGUCGGUCACCAACAUCUACAUCCUCAAUUUAGCCAUAGCAGAUGAGCUGUUUAUGCUUAGCCUGCCAUUCUUGGCGGUGCAGAACGCUCUGUUCUCCUGGCCCUUCGGCUCUCUGAUGUGCCGCGUGGUCCUGACAGUGGACGCCAUCAACCAGUUUACCAGCAUAUUCUGCCUGACUGUGAUGUCUGUAGACCGCUACCUGGCCGUGGUUCACCCCAUCCGUUCGUCCUGGUGGCGGCGCCCCCGAGUGGCCAAGGCCAUCAGUGCCACGGUUUGGGCCGGGUCGUUCGUGGUGGUGCUGCCGGUGGUGGUGUUUGCAGACAUACUGAAAGAGGCUGGGAACUGCAGCAUCGUGUGGCCUGAGCCAGCGGAAGUGUGGAAGACGUCUUUCAUCGUCUACACGUGCACUGUAGGCUUCUUCUUCCCCCUGCUGGUCAUCUGCUUGUGCUACCUGCUGAUUGUCAUCAAGGUACGUAGUGUUGGAAAACGGGCGCAGGCCACAUCCUCUCGGCGCAGGAAGUCGGAGCGUAAAAUCACCAGGAUGGUGGUUGUCGUGGUGGCGGUGUUUGUCCUCUGCUGGUUACCGUUCUAUGUCCUCAACAUCGUCAAUCUCCUGGUGGUCCUGCCCGGAGACUUUAGGGGGCUUUACUUUUUUGUAGUUGUGCUUUCAUACGCAAACAGCUGCGCCAACCCCAUCCUGUACGGAUUCCUGUCCGACAACUUCAAGAGAGGCUUCAGGAAGGCCCUGUGCCGCACUUCACGCAGGGUGAAGAGCAACGACAAGGCCGUCACCGAGGUGCAGCGACCCACGGAGGAGUGGGGCGGCGUCGUGCACCAAACGCAAAGAAGCGAAGGAGCCACCGUUAUGCAUAGGAAACACUGCGGUGUAAAAGAAGAAGAGGAGGAAAUCAAUGGAACACAGGGAAGCAUACAGAUGAGUGAAGUACACAGAAUUUCACAAAAUGGAAACAGCAGAGGAGUGACAGAAGGCACCAGGGGGAAGCCUGAGCUGGAGAACUCAGGUCAGAGUGCCAAACACGGAGAACAGGCCAGGAAAGGCUUCGAUCCUGCUGAGGCAGUGUCCUCUUUGGCCAGUAAUGGUGGAAGCAACAGGUCACAACCUGAGGCAUUCAUGAAUGAAAACUCAGUGCUUGAAAUCAGCUAUCUGUAACCGGUGUUAUCA